ACGGCCUAAACGCCAACUCCAUAGCGCAGCGCCUGUGCACCGCACAGCCUGACGGGAGCCUCACCUUCCCGGCACAAGCAGGGCCCGUGCUGCGGGCUCGGCACCGCCCACCACCGCGGGGCACGCUGGGAGAGAGCCGUUUUCUCCCACCCUCCAGUAAACGAGGGAGAGGAGGAUAUUUCCGGUGGUAAGACCGUCUUUACGGAAAGGGUGGGGCCGGCCUGGUUCCGCCCCUCACGCCCGGCAGGGGCGGGGCGAAGGGUGACAGCUUCUCGGCCUGCGCUAAGGCCCGCCCCUGCACCGGAAAAAGGAAGGCGGGAGAGUCGAUCUGGAAUGGGGAGCGAGAGCUCCUGAAACGACUGCAGGCGGCGAGGAGAAAGGGGGCGGGGCCAGGCUCGGAGGGGCGGGGCGACUCGCCUUCCCCUCGGGUCACGCGCGGCAGGAAGUCGCGCCCUCAGCCGAGUAUCGAAAUGGGGACCUCCCUGGACAUUAAGAUUAAGAGAGCGAACAAGGUUUAUCACGCCGGGGAAGUGCUCUCGGGCGUGGUGGUCAUAUCUGGUAAGGAUUCAGUCCAGCACCAGGGAGUGUCUUUGACAGUGGAAGGAAGUGUGAACCUCCAGCUCAGUGCCAAGAGUGUGGGUGUGUUCGAGGCAUUCUAUAAUUCCGUUAAGCCUAUCCAGAUUAUCAACAGUACCAUUGAAAUGGUGAAGCCAGGGAAAUUUCCCAGUGGCAAAACGGAAAUUCCUUUUGAGUUUCCUCUGCACGUGAAGGGCAACAAAGUUCUGUACGAGACUUAUCACGGUGUGUUCGUCAACAUUCAGUAUACCCUGCGCUGUGACAUGAGGCGGUCUCUGUUGGCCAAGGACUUGACAAAGACCUGCGAAUUCAUCGUUCACUCUGCCCCUCAGAAGGGGAAGUUGACCCCGAGUCCUGUGGACUUCACCAUUACACCUGAAACCCUACAGAACGUCAAAGAGAGAGCCUUGCUCCCCAAAUUUCUCAUCAGAGGGCAUCUCAACUCCACCAACUGCGUCAUCACACAGCCGCUGACAGGGGAGCUGGUGGUUGAGAGCUCGGAGGCCGCCAUCAAGAGCAUAGAGCUGCAGCUGGUCCGCGUGGAGACCUGUGGGUGUGCAGAAGGCUAUGCCCGAGACGCCACAGAGAUUCAGAAUAUUCAGAUCGCUGAUGGAGAUGUGUGUCGGAGCCUCUCCAUCCCCAUCUACAUGGUGUUCCCCCGGCUGUUCACCUGCCCUACGCUGGAAACCACCAACUUCAAAGUGGAAUUUGAGGUUAACAUUGUUGUGCUGCUUCACGCGGAUCACCUCAUCACGGAGAACUUUCCACUGAAGCUCUGCAGGAUGUAGCCGGGGAGCAGGGAGCGUGGACAGCGAGAGAGGCCAAGCGGACGUGCCACAGGGUAGCUGGCGCUCACGGGAGUUCAAGCCAGCAGCAUAGGCUUAUUUUCGAGAUGAUUCUGUAUCAGAAAUGAAUCUGACCCCUCAGAUUACAAUGUUCCCCAUUUCCUCGAGGCUUCUGCUUCCAGUGGGCACCUCUGAUCAGACCCUGUCUCUAAACUUCAUCGGGACUUCGUAACUGUUGUUGGCAAGAUCGUUUCGCAGAAAGCAAAAUUUCCUCAGACUCCUGGCUUAACUGGCCUUUUACAGAGCAGUAAAAUGUAGCAGCAGUGAAGCUUGGCUGGGAAGGGAGGUCCUGGGGACAAAGGAAACCCGCCCCACCUGGCCAGCAAGGGUAGCUAAGCCUCUGGCUGCAAAGCAGCUUCGCGGGACGGUGGCAAGCCGACCGGUUGCUUAUGAUGUUUGUAGACAACCAUCCAAGGAGGGCUGCACAGCGGCAUCCGCUGGAACCGUCCAGCAUUUUUUCCACUCUGCUCUGUAGUUCUUUUAUCGCAGUUUUCACGAUGACUUCAGAACGUUGAGCGUUCCUGGCUGUCGCAGGAGGAAACAGCGGCUGUCCGCACCUGCCGUUGUUGGGUGGGUUCCAAAUGGCAGGAGACGGGUGCCCAGGGCCAGAGCUGAAGACCCCGGGCAGAUGCCCUGGACCUGUGAACUUGGCCUGCCCCCGGGGUGAAGCCGUUGUGGCUCGUAGUGUAUGGAGAGCCUGUAGCAACGCAUUUCUGCCAUCUGAUCCUGUUGGUCCACAAUGAAUGAGGCCUCAGAAAUAAGCUGUGUGCUUUGCACGCCGUCGGGCCUUCCCCGACAGUCCCUCCACCCGGGCUGGCCUGAGCAAGGCGGCCCGGCCGAUGCCCCCCCCGCCCCCAUGCCCGGCUGUGCUGCCAUCGUCCUGGGACCGUGUCUGAAGACACGUGACCCUGAGGGCAAACAGACCUGACUCAGGUGCUGCUUUAUCCCAGGGCUUCACCAGUGAAACCGAUACAGCGUAUUCACGGAGUCGUUUCUGAUUUGGCUCCCAGAGAAUACGUUUCUGGUUUAUAAAUCUCUUUUUAUGCUCACAUGACAUUAACAAGUAUCUGUCUUUGAUAAUGUGUUCAGAGGAUUGGAAAACAAAGAGGCCAUACUUUCUGGGACAUUUCAAAGGUAGAAAUCAUUUUUAAUGAAAAAAAAGGCUAAAUGAGAAUUUUGAGCAAAGGUUUGGGAUGAAUAUUGCUAUAUCACUUCUUUAGUAAACUGCUUUUAUGGAUAUAAAUAA